GGAUCCGGUAACACGCCCGCCCAGCCUUCCACUUUUAGCGGGUGCUACCUUACUGUAGGUAGCGGGCGAUGGGUGUACCACAUUCCACCACAACGUCAUCGAGACUUCUUUCUUUCCGUUGCUGGUCGGGUAGUAACAUCAAUCAGCUGAUGUGGGAUGCGAUGAAAAUAAAGUCUCGGACCGUUGAUACUUAACCCAAAAGUUAUCUCAAUUGUUUAUCAAGAUUUUGUGUGGUGAAGCGACAACACCAACAAAAUGGCGACCACCACAGAUCACCCCAAGAUAACGCUCUACUGGCUCAAUGACUCCCGCGCGCAGCGCAUGGUCUGGCUCCUCGAGGAACUCGGCGUCCCCUACGACGUCAAGAUCUUCCAUCGCAGCAAGGACAUGCUCGCGCCCGCCGAGCUGGACAAGGUCCAUCCGCUAGGCAAAUCGCCCAUCGUUACCGUCCAGCCUUCUGAGCCCGGCGCAAAGGAGAUUGUCCUGGCCGAGAGUCCCUUCAUUGCGCAGUACCUGUGCGAUCACUUUGGGAAGGAUACGAGUCUGGUACCGAAAAAGUACAAGGAUGGUGAGGAAGGAAAGUUGGGUGGUGAGACGGAGGAGUGGAUGAGAUAUCAGCAUUUGUUGUACUAUUCCGAGGGGAGCUUGAUGCCGCCUUUGCUUGUGGCUUUGAUUCUUUCUAUCAUCUCCGGCCCCAAAAUCCCCUUCUUCAUCCGCCCCAUCACCUCCACCGUCGCCGGCAAGGUGCACAACUCCUUCGUCGUCCCCAACAUCGAGAAACACUGCGCCUUUCUCCAGCAGCAACUGGAAACAUGGCCAAACGGCGGCAAGUAUCUCUGCGGCGACAAGUUGACGGCGGCGGAUAUUCUGAUCAGCUUUCCGCUGCUGAACUUGCCGAGGGCGGAGGCUCUCGGAGGGGAGGGUGCAAAGGGAAAACUGAACGAGAAGUUCCCCAAGGUGUUUGAGUAUGUCGCGAGACUGGAGGAGGAGGAAGGGUAUAAGAGGGCGGAGAAGAAGAUUGAGGAGUUGGAGGCUAAGUAAGGAGAAGGAGACAUCGCGUGGACUGGUUUGGUAGUCCUUCGGGAGCAUCCAUGGGUAUGGGGCCGGGAAUAAGUGGGACCCGCAGCGCCAGAUUAGUGGGGCCGCUCCGGGAAGAUGUCCGGAUCAGGGUCGGACCGUUCCGCGAGGUCGAUUCUUGAGUUGCCGCUCACCUAUAUGAUGAUGAUGUAAUUCACAGCUGUUGAUGAUUUAAAUAUAAUUCCGGCCAAACCUGAUGCGGCCAAUAUUUUAGUGAGGC